GCCUGAGAAUCUGAGUCUGAAGCUUUUCAGAAAUAGCUUUUGCAGGGUGGCUGGGUACAAACAAGCCUCUGGACAUGCCUGCCGGUGUGCAGUGCUCAGCACUGCUUACAUUGCCUCUGCAGUUGUGUCUGGAAGAUGAAUAAUAGCUUUUUGCUAAUGGGUCUCAUGUCAACAAGGGUAAUUUAACAGGGAAGACAGCAGUGCAUUAGUUGCUAUGAGUCAGGCUCACUCAGCCUUGUGCUGAUUGUUUAUUGGUUUAUAAAUUAAAUGGAAGAUGCUGUGUCCCAUCAGUGCUGGCAUUCUGAGGGUCCUAAAAGGGGCUCUUCCCGUAGGGCAGUCUCUGAAGUGUUGGAAUUGCAGACCCAGGAGUCAGAUUUUCUGUGCUGAAGGUUCAGGUAUUACAAAGUGCAGAGUUAGUCCUGCAAUAGGGACGGUGCUGCUGGCUCCCUUGCCUCAUCUGCAUGAAAGCACAGCACGGUUGGGUUGGAAGGGACCUCACAGCUCUCCCCAAGCCCUGCUGUAGGCUGGCUGCCCCCCAGCUCAGGCUGCCCAGUGCCCAUCCGUGGCCUGGGGCACCUCCAGGGAUGGGCACCCACAGCUCUUGGGCAGCCAUGGAGUCCAUUGGGGUUGUUUCCUACUUGCAGGUUGGCCCUACAGCUGGGUAUGAGCUCUCCAAUAGGAAGGCCAGCCAUUCACACACACGUUAGCUGUCGCUCUGCAGGUGUGUUUAGUUCGCUUCUCACUGGUGCUUGGUUUCCAUUGCAGAGACAGAGACAGCAGAAUGUGUGAAGGGCCAUCCAAGAUUUCUGGACCCAUUCCUCCAGACCCUACACUCUUCCCAAACUAUUACAGACGCCCUUUCUCAGCUCGAGGGAGGCUGGAAGGCAAUGCUCAGCAGUUGGAUUUUACCUCUCGCCCCACGGACUCAGCUCCCAGCUCGCCCCGUGCUUUGAGCAGUGCCCACCAGCCCCAGCCAGCCCCUCGCAUCCGCCCCAGCGGAAGGGACUUCUUGGAGAAGGGGCAGAAGGGGACGCUCGGCCUCCUGCUGCAGCUCGAUGGGCUCUCUCUUGGUGGGGGUCUGCCAGCAAAGAGGAAAGAGUCCAAGGACCACGAGAAGGAAAACGUGAGGCGAAUAAAGGAGAUUCAGAAGAAAUGCAAAGAAAGGGAGCGAGCCCAGGAGCGCAGCCAGCCCAAACCUGUGAAAGCUCUGUGGAAAUCCCAGAAAUACGAAAACGUGGAGUCAAAGGUGAAGGCCAGGCUGCAGGAGAGCUCCCCACCUCCAAACCCAGAGGCUGUGAAUUUCCUGCGGGCGUACUCUCGCUGCGGCCCCGGGAUCAGGCCAGGCAGAUCUCUGUCCCCAAGUCCUGCCAGCACGAAAGCAGGGACAGGCACUGAGGCUCUGCAGACGCUGGGUGCUGAAACCAAGUUGCAGGUGGAGGGCAAUAGCAUUGACUUCAUCAAGCACAACGCUCGCAAUGCCAAGCGGGCCCCGCUGCGGCGCUCCCAGUCCCUGCAGGCCCUGGCUGAGCUGCUGGGACAGAAGCAGCGGGAGCAGGAGGAGUACAACGCCAAGCAGAAGGGCCACGUCCCCCAGUACCUGCUGGAGAGGAAGGAGCAGUGGCGCAGGCAGAUGGAGGAGCAGCUGCGAAGCCGGCCGGAUCCUGACACGCCGCCCGGCCACACCAUGAUGCCUGAGGGCCAGAGGCUGGAGAUGCUCGGCAGCCUGAAGCAGAGCCAGGAGCAGCUGAUAAAGGAGCUGGUGAUGCUGCCGAUGCGUGCAGACACCCUCAGCAUUCAGAAGAGGCGAGUAGAGCUCGAGAGGAAGCUCUCCCAGAUAGAAGAGGCACUCAAAAUUUUCUCCAGGCCCAAAGUCUUCAUCAAGCUGGACUCCUGAGCCCAUGGGGCUGCAAGCAGUGUGCUGCUCUGCGUGAGCAUCCCAGGGAAGGGAAGGAGAGGAAGACAAAUCGAGGACCCUGCACCCGUAGUGGUGUCAGUACUGUGUCCAACACGCAGUUGGCGCCUCUUGCUCUUGCUCCCAGGGCACAUCCAGGGAAAUGGGAGGGAGAGGAGCUAAUUGACUCUACUGUGCAGUGUGGACAACAGUUGUCCCCAUGCUGGUUGACUUCUCACAGAGAUCAGCUGUCUGCUUGGAAUUGAUGGCACAGAUUUUGUGGCUUCUUAUUUUUCCAUUUCUAGAAAGUGGCAGGAGGUCCCCCGUGCUGCUGCUCUGCUGUUGGUUGUCCUUCUCUUUCCCCCAGGGCACUGCAGGCUUUGCUGCACACAGGGCCUUUGCUCUGGGCUCUGUGCUGACCCAUCCUAAGCACGCAGCCGGUGCCUUUGUCCCCUCCAUACUGCUGCAUGCACUCGGUAGCUCAAGGACAGCAAAAAGGCACAGAGCUCCAGUGCUUCCUGCUCAGAGAAGGGCUGGGGUGGAAGCAGGGGAACCUGGUGAGGUGUCUGGAGAACUGUUGUUGUCCGUGGAGUGGGAUGCGCUCCAAUAAAGUUGUAGUUUUCCUCCA